UCUUUUCUCCUCCAUAACAGUUCUGUUUUCCUUUUGUGUAGUAGUUGCUGUGUCUCUGUUUUUAUUUUCUAAUUUUAUAAACUCACUUUAAUGAAAAGGGUGUAUACUUAAAAUGAUUAUUUAGUAUUAAGAUGUUUAAUAAGUGCUAGUGAUAUUAAUCAGUUCAUUAUUUAAUCAAUAUACCAUUGCCAAAUAUAUACUGGAGCUUUUGUCUGGAUUAGUAUAAGAAUAUAAAAUAUUGUUAUGUGCGAUAAUUAGUUAUCCUUAAAGUCUGAAUUAAUUAUGUUAACGCCGGGCGUAAGGGUUGUUAGAGGACCUGACUGGUGCUGGAAUAAUCAAGAUGGAGGAGAGGGACAUGUAGGGACUGUAUGUGAAAUUGGCGAGCCUGGAAAUGUAUCUCCAGAGAAAACAGUUGUUGUUCAAUGGGAUAAUGGUACUAGAACCAAUUACAGAGUUGGUUAUCUAGGAAAAUAUGAUUUGAGGGUAUUUGACAAUGCCCAAAUAGGUGUUAAACAUCCAAAUGUUAUUUGUGAUAGCUGUACUAGAGGACAUGUAAGCGGAAUGAGAUAUAAAUGCACAAUAUGCUAUGAUUAUGAUCUAUGCCAGUGGUGUUACAGUAGAGAUGAACAUGAUAUGACCCAUACUUUUAAGAGAUUUGAUUCGACCACAUCGUUGGGGGUUGAUUUACCAGCGAGAUCAGGCAGUCGGAAAGCUGAAUUGCGUGGAAUAUUUUAUGGAGCCAAAGUUGUGCGGGCACACAGUUGGGAAUGGGGAAACCAAGACGGUGGAGAAGGUAAUGUUGGUGUUGUUUUGGACAUACGAGGAUGGGACAACGAAAGUAGUAGGUCAGUAGCUAACGUCCGAUGGUAUUCCGGUUCAACAAAUGUAUAUAGAAUAGGUCAUAAGGGCAAUUGUGAUAUAAAAUUUGUAGAAGCUGCCUCCGGUGGUCAGUAUUAUCCAGAACAUCUUCCUAUUCUAGGCCAAAACGUAGAUCCAGUAGUUCAACCAGGUAGGCCUGGUCCAUGUCCAUUUAAUGUGGGAGAUAAAGUACGAUUCAACGCUUCUGUAGAACAAUUGAAGAUCAUGCAACAAGGUCAUGGAGGAUGGAAUCCUAGAAUGGCUGAGUAUAUGGGUAAGAUAGGAAUGGUUCACAGAGUAACUGAUAAAGGGGACAUUAGAGUCCAGUAUGAAGAAUGUAAUAACAGAUGGACUUUCAACCCCGUUGCUCUGCAAAAAGUCGACAGUUUUGCUGUAGGAGACAUCGUUACACUAAUAACUGACGUUGAAAAGGUCAAAGAACUUCAAAAGGGUCAUGGGGAGUGGAUAGGUAUCAUGCGAAAGUGUCUUGGGAAGCGCGGAAGAGUUUUAAAAGUAUAUUCAGAUGGUGAUCUUCGAGUGCAGAUGGACGACCAUGCAUGGACUUUACAUCCACAAUGUGUCAAAAUAGUACCGGGAAGUGCUGCUGAGUUGGCAAACACAAUGCACCCUGUCAAAAAUCCGAGACAAGAACCGUCAAUAUGGACCUCGCCCGCUAAUCAAGCGGACAUCCCUGGCAAUGAUUUGGCAGAUAAGCUAGUUAGAGCGGCGGCGCAAGGUCAUUCAGAGGCAGUUCAAAAACUUCUAGAGACUGUUCCUCGAGAAGCCAUGGAUGCUGGAAGUAGUGGAAAGACUGCUGGGCAAGUGGCUGCGCAUCAGGGCCACGUACACAUUGUCGGAUUGCUCUUAAAACAUGGAGCUUCUGUUAACGUUGUUGAUAAUGAGGGAGAUACUUGUUUGCAUUAUGCAGCGUUUGGAAAUCAGCCAGAGAUUUUAGAAAUGUUGGUGAAAUCUGGAAUGGAUGUGAACGUAAAUGCAGUAAACCGCAGCGGAUGUACAGCUUUACAUAUAGCAGCUCACAAGCAAUCUCCAAAAUGUAUACAGAUAUUAUUGGCAGCAGGUGCGGACCCCAAUUGUCCUGAUCUCUAUGGAGAUACAGCUCUUCACGACGCAAUUGGAAAAGAUGACCGACAAGUCAUAGAAUUACUAUGUGAAGCACCAGGAUUCGACUUUACUAUUCGGAAUAAGCGCGGUUUUAACGUUCUACACCACGCGGCACUAAAGGGUAAAACUUUCGCCACCAGGAAGUUACUGAGUGUCGCAAGGCAGCUGGUAGACGUGAAAAAAGACGACGGAUUUUCCGCUUUACAUUUGGCUGCCUUGAAUGGUCAUAAGGAUGUGGUCGACACAUUGGUUAGAGUAGGCCAAGCUGAUAUCGAUUUAAAAAAUAACCGAAACCAGUCUGCUUUGCUUUUAGCUGUGAGCCAAGGUCAUUGCGGCGUUAUAGAAGUACUUAUCGAACUGAAAGCUAACAUAAAUGCCAAAGAUGAAGACGAAGACAACGCUUUGCAUAUAGCAUUAACAAAGAAGAACCAAUUAACCGGGGAAGUUUUACGGGAAGAGAGCCCAGCGAUCCAUUCUAUUUACAAGAAUCUCGGACAGUUUCAAGAAUGUCGUCUAGCUCUUGCUAUAGGAUGUUAUCUAGUACAGAGAGGCAUCGAUCCAGACGGGGCUAAUAGUAAAGGACAGUCUGCUUUGAGUUUGCUUCAGGAAGAAAAUUUGAAGGAACUAGUAAAAAGCUACAAACCCGCCAUCGAAGACAGUAACCAAAUUGAUUCGAAUAUACCGAACAUUAUUAAUUUGGAAAACUUAUCAUUAGAUGACCAGAGAGAAGGAUAUAACUUGACUGGUACUCCCUCUAAAACUAACCCCGGAUCUGAUGGAAGUAGAAGAAGUCGAGCAAAACAAGAUCGAGACAAAGGUGGUACUUCCCAGGAUAACCGCACUGCCAACUUAAUUCCCAACAAACCAGUAGAAUGCCAAGUAUGUUCCGAAUUAUCCGAAGAAAACGUAUUACUAGAACCCUGCAAUCACAAACCAGCGUGUGAAGACUGCUCUUCCCGAAUGAAGAAAUGUCUGGAAUGCGGCCAACCCGUCCAAAAGCGGGUCACCAAAGACGGGCGUGUGAUUCCUCCGAAGAGCCGUCAGCCCAGCGCCGAACGGAUGCGGUAUUUGGAGUGUAAAAUUCAAGAGAUCGAAGAAAGUCACGCUUGCAGCAUUUGUAUGGAGAGAAAGAGGAAUGUCGUGUUUCUUUGUGGGCAUAGCACUUGCUCGAGAUGCGCCGAUACGUUGAAAAUCUGCCAUAUGUGCAGGAAAACUAUUACCAAGAAGAUUCCUAUUUAUUAGUGGACUGUAAGAGUGGUUCUAUAGUUUAUUUCGAUUAAUGAACAGGAGUGUAGGAGAUUAUUUUAGGUAUGGGGUUUUUAUAUAAAGUUGAGAAUUUUACAAAUAGCAGAUGGCAGCGUUUACAAAUUCGAAGACCACUGCGGUUCCAAAUGCUGAAAACGUGGUUAUUAGAUAAAACCCUAUCUAAAGGAUUUUUAUGUUUACAGUUUACAGUCGUUAUGUAGGUAUAAGGGUCAGACUGGAUGUGCUCUUAUUCAUAGUUCUGGGACAAGUGAGUCUUGGUCGGCAGUGAAAAAGAACGCGUAUAUUUUAACCUUUUCACUGCGGGAACCGGACAUAUACGUAAAAUAAUUUCGGGCCCGUACAACGGGAACCGGCUAAAUACGCGUAGCCUUUUUCGGCAUUCGCUGCGGCAACCGCAUGAAUCAGAUAUUGUUUGCGUAUUGUAUGUUGCCCAUAGAAGAGAGUUUGGCAUGUUAUAUCAAAAUUUACAUUACAUUUAAAAAUUCAUACAUUUCAAGAAUCGAACACUUAACAGUCACAACCGGGUUGAUCAGCACAGGCAUGAAACAGCCGUACCAAAGAUCAUACUACUUUUAUAACUAGCCGCAGUGAAAAGGUUAAACGCUGUAAAACGUUUUGUAGUUCAUCAAUUUUAUCGCUAUAAAGCAGAUUCUUCUUUUUCAACUAUAUAUUAAUGUAAGAUAAUAGCUGGCUUAAGAUUUUAUAACAAAUGCAUAAAAAUUUUUAAUGAAUAAAAAAUAUUCUUGAAAUAAUAAAAAUUUUGCAAAAAUACAUUCAAAAGGUACAUAAUUCUGCAAUUAACUUUUAUUAAUCUCAAAACGUAUAGUGAAAAGGUACAGAAUCACAUUGGUUUAACUGUCUUUGCAUUGAAUACAAAAGUGUGAAAUGUCGCUGUCAGUAUAUGUAACGUUACGUUUACAUAUUAGUUUUUAACUACCAAAUUUCAAAAAAUUCUUUUAUUAUAUAUUUCGAAAAAUUUCCGCCAUAUUGGAUUCGCCAUCUUGUUUUUUCUGAGAAUGACAGAUUCGUAAUCAUAGAUCUUAAAAAGCUCUUAAAUUAGCAAACUUCAAAAGAAAUUAUGCAUUUUAAUUAGUAUUUUUAAUUCUUUUCGAUAUACUGGAUCCGCCAUUUUGUUUUUAUUUCAAAAAGAAUUUUUAUUCUUAAUCAGCUAUUUCAAAAAUCUGUUAUAUUAUAAAAUUUUAAAUUUCAUAUUGGAUCCGGUAUUUUAUUUUUCAAAAUAUACUGACAAAUUUGUAAUCAGCGAUCUUAAACCCUUUAGAUUAUAAAAUCAAAAAAAAUAUAUUGCGUUUUUAUCGAUAUUUCCAAUUUUCCGCCAUUUUGUUUUUCAAUAAAUAAUUUCAGAUUUGUAAUCAACGAUCUUAAAAACUCCUUAAAUUACCAAAUUUGGAAAAAUAUUGCUUUUUGAUUGGUAUUUUCGAUGUCUUUCCGCCAUAUUGGAUCCACCAUUGUAACAAAACAAAACCCUUAAGUACGAAAGUAACACCGAAGUGUAUGAACAAUUUACUCUUUUAAAGUUUCGUGACCAUGUUUUUGGCAUUUGGAACCACAGUGAGACCGUAUGUCGAACUUUCUGAGACUCAUAGGGAAUAUAUCGAGGUUUUUUUUAUAAUUGAGAUUUGCAAGCAAGUACUGUUAUUUUUGUCACUGGUUACAGUCGAUACUUUUAUUUUAACUAGUUUAAUAGUUCUCACACAUUUACAUAAAAACCUUAUACUUUAUUUAUUUUAUACAUAACAUAAUUGAAAGUACAAUUUUAUAAUCAAAAUGUUUUUUUACUUUUACAGAUAAAUAUUAUAUUUAAAAAAGUGUGGUAACAUAUCGAUAUAUUAAUAAGGUUUGUUUAUUUGUUAAACUGUAUUUACACUAAACUUUUUACUUCUUCUUCUUAAGGUUCCAUCUCCUAGCGAAGGUUGGAUAUCAUAAUGGCUAUGGUCACUUUGUUGGCUGCUGCUCUGAACAGUUGUAAUGAACUACAGUUAAACCAUUCUCUAAGGUUCCUCAGCCAGGAGAUGCGUCUUCUUCCUAUGCUUCUUCUUCCUUGGAUCCUUCCUUGCAUAAUAACUCUCAGCAGCUCAUAUUUCUCUCCUCUGGUAAUGUGACCCAAAUAUUCUAGUUUUCUUGUUUUUAUACUGUUCAAAAUUUCUAACCCCUUAUUUAAACGUCGUACCACUUCAACAUUGGUAAUCCUUUGAACCCACUGAAUUUUCAACAUUCUUCUGUAACACCACAUUUCGAACGCUUCUAUUUUUCUUAUGUGUUGCCUUUUCAAUGUCCAAGCUUCCAUUCCGUAUAGUAAUAUAGAAAAUAUGUAGCAUCUUAGAGCCCUCAAUCUGAGAGGCAACUGAAGGUCUUUGUUUGUAAGCAGUGUCUUCAUUUUUAUAAAUGCUUGCCUUGCAGUUUCAAUUCGGACUUUAAUUUCUUUGCUUUGGUCAUUUUUGUCAUCAACCCAGGUUCCCAGAUAUUUGUAUGUCUUUACUUUUUCUAUUUGGGUUUGUUCUAGUAUUAACCUUUCAUUUCCAUUAACUUUAAUUUCUUUGCUUUGGUCAUUUUUGUCAUCAACCCAGGUUCCCAGAUAUUUGUAUGUCUUUACUUUUUCUAUUUGGGUUUGUUCUAGCAUUAACCUUUCCAUUUUGUGUUUUUGAGACAAUCAUAAAUUUAGUUUUUUUCUUGUUUAUUUUGAGUCCAUAUCGAAUGCAAUAAUCGUUAAUUCUAUUUAACAAUUCUUGUAGCGACUCCAGGGUGUCUGCCAUUAUAACGGUGUCAUCAGCGAAUCUUAUCUUAUUUACUAUUCUUCCGUUUAUAGAGAUUCCAUCACUUAGUUCCGCUAUCGCUUCCUGAAAUAUGGCUUCACUGUACACGUUAAACAGUAGCGGCGACAGUACACAACCCUGUCUUACCCCUCUCUUUAUAUCAAUAUUCUCGGACUCUUGUUCGUCUAUCUUUAUAUUGGCCUUUUGAUUCCAAUACAGAUUGAUGAUAAUUCGUAAGUCUCGUCUGUCUAUAUCUCUGUUUUUCAAUAAUUCUAUUAGUUUUUCAUGUCGGACUCUGUCGAACGCUUUUUCCAAGUCGAUGAAACAGGAAUAAAUAUCCAGGUUCAUAUCUAAGCAUCUUUGGGAGAGGACAUUAAAUGCAAACAAUGCCUCUCUUGUUCCAAGUCCUUUGCGGAACCCAAAUUGGGUAUCAUCCAUAUCAUUUUCUAGCUUUCUGUAUAAUCUUCCAUGAAUCACCUUUAGAAAUAUUUUGAGGGUAUGGCUUAUUAGUGAUAUUGUCCUAUAGUCUGAACAAUCUUUGGCAUAUAUUGUUUUAGGUAUUGUUACAAAGGUGGACACCAACCAUUCCUGAGGUAUUUUUCCGGUUUUAUAUACUUCAUUAAACAGAUCCAGUAGUACAGGUAGAGUUUCAUCGUCUAGAUAUUUCAGUAAUUCUGCAGGUAUUUCGUCUGGACCUACAGUUUUUCCGUUUUUUGCGUUUCGUAUUGCUUGUUCGAUUUCCUCCAUUAUGAUCUCUGGUCCCGUUUCGCUAUCGAUUUCUUCCGGUUCUUGUCUAUUAUCUUCAAACAGAUCUGUUAUGUACGCCAGUACGCCUUCUACUUUUUUAAUUUCUCUUUGACUUCUAUAAUAAGUUUUCCAUUUAUGUCUUUAAUAAGGCCAUCUUUCUUUUUUCGCUGUGUAUUUGUGAUUUCCUUUAUUUUCUUAUGCAUAUUAAAGCUAUCAUGUUUUUUAGAAUAUUCUUCUAUUUCACUGCAUUGAUUUGUCAGCCAGGUGGAUUUGGCCUCUUUUAUUUUCUUUAUUAUUACCCUCUGUAUUUCUUUGUAUUUUGCCUUAUUCCUGCCUUUGUUUCCUUCUUUCCUCCAUUAACUCUAGGAUUUCUGAAGUCAUCCAUCUCUGUUUUUUUCUUAUUUUUGUCUGUAAUCUUUUCUUUCCUGCCUCUACUAACGUUUCUUGUAUCAUGUUCCAUUUGUCAUUAACAUCUGUUGUCUUUAUCACGUCUUGUUUGAUUUUCUUUAAGUUAUCAUUUAUUUCUUGUUUUAAACUCUGACGUAUAGGUUCUUCUUUUAUCUUUGAGACAUCGAAUCGUGGUAUAUUUGUUUGUUUUUGGAUCUUUUUUAAUUUUAUCUUCAUUACGCCUACUAGUGGAUUAUGGUCUGAAUUUAUGUCAGCUCCGGGGUAUGUUCUCACAGACUUUAUAGUGUUUUUAUAUCUGGAUUUGAUUAAAAUGUAAUCUAUCUGGUUUCUUACAAUGUGAUCUUCCGAAUCCGCCGGUGAUUUCCAGGUAUAAAGUCUUCUUUUUACACUUACAGACUAAUAUGUUGUUUGCUCUUGUAAUUUUCACAUUACAUAAAACAUUCACAUUACUAAUAACCAGUGAUAUGCCAUAUGGUGGAUAAAAGAAGAAGAAUUUUAAAGACGAAUGUUUAAGACUCAAGUUUUCAAUCUUCUUCUUCUUUUAGUGCCUAUUCGUUUCGAAUAUUGGCGAUCAUUCUGGCUAUAAUUAUUUGAUUAACUGAUGCUUUAAAUAGAUUAUUUGGACGGCGUUAUGCAUAACUCGACCAAGCGCCAUUUCUUUAAAAUCGAGAUAACAGCGGAUUCUGGUGACACAUAACUAAAACUAUCUUGGAAAAUAUCCCUGUUAUUGUCACAUUAACGGUUACUAAGAAAAACAAAAUUAAACCAAGCGACAUUCUGUCUAUUGAGGGUUUUUAGUUUUGCAUAACAAGACUAUAUCCAUAACGACCAUUCUUAGUUUCGCAAUAGUAGACUAAGCGUCUUUGGUCUGGUUAUGCUAAACUAAGCGUUUGACCAGAAUAACAUUUUUGUACCCCUUAAUGUACACAUUAAAUUUGAAGUUUCGGUCAAAAAAUUAUCGAAUUUUUUUAAAGUGAAAAUGUUGUGUUUAUGUAUAAUUAAAUUGAAAAAUACAAAUAAUCUAUAUAAAUAUAUAAGUAGUGUGACCAACUAGCCCGAAAAAUCCCGGACAUGGCCCGAAUUACGAAGUCGUGUCCCGGCGUCCCGGACAAGGCUUCCGGGCCAUCCGAAUUUUCAACGUUUUGGUAAAAUUUUAUUUUUAAAUUUUGAAUAUGUUAUUCUUUUAAGAAUUCAAAUCAAAUUGAAUUGGUGGGACGCAAAAAAGUCGACAAUUUCUAGAAUGUAAUACUAUUUUUUUUUCUUCUACGGCACUAUAGCCCAAAUUGAGCCUUGGCCUCCUUUAUUUUUUGCCUUCACCCUUGUUUGUCUGUGGCUGCUCUUCUCCAUACACGGACUCCUAAAAGUGCUUGUGCGUCGCUGGUGUCUUCCCAGAGCUUACUUGGCUUUCCAACCGGUCUUUUUCUCAGCAUUCUAGCGUUCAGUGCUCUUUGUAAUACUAGUAUCUAGUAUCACAUCAAAAAUUUCCUUUUUUGAGAACGAUUUCCAGAUUGGAAGUCGGAACGUCAAAAACCAAGAAAAAUGUAAUUAUUAUUACGACCAUUUGUCGCUUAAUCCCAACAAAAAUGUCAUUGUCAACAUAAAAAUGUUAAAUAAUCGAUAAAAUGAUGGUAUUAAAGUUCCAUAUAUUUAAAAAAAUGGCCCGAUUUUCAUUGAAAAGUCCCGGAUUUUAGAUAUUUUUUUCAGCUUUGUCCCGAGUUCAAAUGAAUUCUAGUUGGUCACACUAUAAUAUAAGGCAUAAAAUAGUUCUAAGAAUAAAAAAAACACGAUUCACUUCAGACUGCUUCAAAUACCCUAACGCUUUGUAUAAAAACAAAAUACUGAAAAUUCUACAAAAUUCAAUUCAUAUCGAUUGUCAAUUGUUGGGACUGCAAGUUAUUAAACAAUAAAUCUCAUUGGCUGAGCCAUAAAAAAGGUAUCUAUGUACUGCUAUUUAGUACACUAACGCUUCGAAUAACAACAGAUUUUUAACAAUUCAACAAAAUUCAAUUUAUGAAUUGUCAAUGGUCCCUACUGCAAGUUAAUAGCUAAAUAAAUAUCAUUUUACAACGACAACACAGUCUUGGCAAUAAAAAAAGGUACAGAUGUAAAAUUAGAAGAAGAAAAAAUGUAGAAAAAAUUUUACGUAUUUAGAUAUUUAUAUGCUUUUAUACAAAUAGCAACAUCUUUUUUUUUAUUUUUCCCCUGUUUAAAAACUCUGUAUACUCCAAUUUUUUAUUGAUAUAAUUUUAACUGCAUUGGAAUUAACGCUAUUGAAUGGUAAAAUAAAUUUAGAGCAAUAAAAUGCAAAAAAUAUAUUUAAUGAUAAUUGAAUGGAUUAUGUUGUAGCAAUAUACGUUUAAUAUAUAAAUUAAAAAAAUACUAGUUUAUUAAUUUAGUGUUUGCAAGAGGCAUAUCGCAAAAUUUUGUUUUGCAUUAAUAGACCAAAUGACAUAAAAAUGGUAGUUGGUCUAGUAAUGUAUAUUAGCUAAACUUCCUAAAAUAUAUUUAAAGCAUAAGUAGACCAAGCGACAUUUUAUUUUGUUUCUAGAAUAUGGUAGGUGCGAUUAUAUUGAAACUUUGCAACCAAAAAGAGUUAUAGGUGAUCAUUCUUCUGUUAAAAUUUUGUGCAAAUAUGUUAAUAAAUGCAUUUUUAAGAAACGAAAAACUUUAAAGCCAUUUAUCCCAAAACUAUGUUUUGGCGCUUGGUCGAGUUAUGCAUAACGCCGUCCAGUUGUUGUUGUGGAGAACCAUUUCCUCAGGUUCUUUAACCAUGAUGUUCUUAUUCUCCCAAUUCCUUGCUUUCCGAAUACUUUACCUUGAAGGAUUACCUUCAGUAAUCUGUAUUUAGUGCCGUUUCUCAUUAUGUGUCCGAGAUAUUCUAACUUUUCUAAAAAUGUGCUAAAAAGUUCUGCAUGGUACGGUCCAAAACUUAUGAUACAACUAUCAGAUAUGAAAUAUUAUCAAUCUUGUAGGAGGUAUGUUAAAAAAUGUGAAUUUUUAAAGCAAGAAUCAACAUCAAAUAUGAUUAUGCGAAUAAAACGUCAGAUUUUGCAGUGAAUAUCUCAACCACACAUACAUUUAUUUAUUUUUCCUUAAUCUGCAAAAUAAACUAUACAACUAUAAAUAAAAUGCCUAAAAAAAUAUAGAAUAAAUAGUAUUAAAAAAAUAUAACAAAUCAUUGAAUUUAUCAUAAUAAACCUCAUAUUUGGUUCAUAUUCAUAAUAUAUGCUGAUAAUUCUCCAUACAAAAUGUUAUUUAUGCUGAUCAUUGUCAAUAAUUUCCUACCAACAUAAAAGAAAUAAAACAAAACCCCUGUUAACUGACCAUAACUGAAUCUGUGGAUGUGAAACAGCAACUGCCAGUUAGACUGAAAGAUUGGUUAACCCCUAGUAAACUAGAAAUGUUAGUUAACCCCUAGGGUUAACCACUGUUUGUGAAACUGACCGUUAGGUGGCCUAACCAAGAAAACUAUUUUUUUGACAAAAUACAGCAAACGUCAAUUCUUUUUGUUUGAAUUCGCAGCGCAGGUUUCAAGCACCAUAUUUUAAUGACAUAUAAUGACAAUUUGCCCUAUAAUAAAACUAUCCACAUAAACUAAGCCGUUGUCGAUCAACUGAGCUCUCUCGUUUGGUACCUGACAGUAUGUCAAAUAUACGCUGACACUUGGUCCUAUUGAUAUUAGGCUUCACCUACGAUGCGCAGUCAAAAGCAACAAUAAUUCACCGAAUGCGUUCCCACUUAUUUUUCAUACGCAAGUAUACAAAAUCUCCACGUGUCACUGUAUAUUUGACAAGCUGUACGAGGUUUGUUAAAAAAUAUAAACACAAAAUUCAUAUUUUUUGACAAACUACGUAUAUGGCUAAAAAAUUAAUAUAUUCUGAUAAUUGCAUUUUAGGUUUUAGAUCAUUCAAAACUUUUUAUGACUUUAUUACUUUUUUUCAUAAAAUUAAAACUAAAAAAAUGAAUUGUCCAAUACAGUCUGCACCAUAUGGAAAACAUUUUUAUUUUUAAUUUUAUGAAAAAAACUUAUUUUUUUAUCAAACGUUCUGACUGAUUUAAAAGCUAGAACUUUUUUAUUAAUCAUUUUAUGAAAAUAAUAUUCUUCAUAAAACGUUUUGCAUGGUCCAAAACUUAUGAUGCAACCAUCAGAUAUCAAAUUUUAUUAAUCUUGCAGGAGGUAUGUUAUAUGAAUUUUUAAAGCCAGAAUCAACAUCAAAUAUGAUUAUGCGAAUGAAACAUCAGAUUUUGCAGUGAAUAUCUCAACCACACAUACAUUUAUUUAUUUUUCCUUAAUCUGCAAAAUAAACUAUACAACUAUAAAUAAAAUGCCUAAAAAAUAUAUACAAUAAAUAGUAAAAAAUAUAACAAAUCAUUGAAUUUAUCAUAGUAAAACUUAUAUUCGGUUCAUAUUCAUACUAUAUGCUGAUAAUUCUCCAUACAAAAUGUUAUUUCUGCUGAUCAUUGUUAAUAAUUUCCUACCAACAUAAAAGAAAUAAAACAAAAUCCCUGUUAACUGACCAUAACUGAAUCUGUGGAUAUGAAACAACAACUGCCAGUUAAACUGAAAGAUUGGUUAACCCUUAAUAAACUAGAAAUGUUAGUUAAUCCCUAGGGUUAACCACUGAUUGUGAAACUGGCUGUUAGGUGGCCUAACCAAGAAACCUAUUCUUUAACGAAAUACAGCAAACGUCAAUUCUUUGUUUGGAUUCGCCGCGCAGGUUUUAAGCACCAUAUUUUAAUGACAUAUAAUGACAAUCGGAUCGGCCCUAUAGUAAAACUAUCCACAUACACAGCUAAGCGGUUGUCAAUCAACUGAGCUCUCUCUUUUGGUUCACAUGUACAGUAUGUCAAAUAUACGGUGACACACUUGGUCGUAUUGAUAUUAGGCUCCACCUACGAUGCGCAGUCAACAGCGACACAAUUCACCGAAUGCGUUCCCACUUAUUUUUCAUAUGCAAGUAUACAAAAUCGCCACGUGUCACCGUAUAUUUGACAAACUGAGUACCUAUAUGGCUAAAAAAUUAAUAUAUAUGAUUAUUUCAUUCAUAGGAGAUUCUGGCCAAUAGAAAGCUACAGAAAUACAAAUUAAACUGAUAAUUUUUGAUAAUUUUCCGUCGUCGAGUAUAUUACGUCAGAUGCCCUUCGUUGUUAUGAAAAAAUACAUUCAGUGACAUUAAUGACAAUUAAUGUUUUAAAAAUUAUAAAAGUGAUGACUUUCAACCGUCAAAUAUUUAUAACAACUGUGUGUUUAAUUGUACUAAUUUGUACUUACAUAAAUAAAUUACAAUAAAAUUUUGGUUUUUUGAACAGUUUUAUUCAUGAAAUAAUCGCAACAAAUUGCACUCGAUCUCUAAAAUUAAUAUAGAAUUUUAGAGCUCUUGUGCAAUUACUACUGAUAAUUGCAUUCUAGGUUUUAGAUCAUUCAGAACUUUUUAUGAAGAAUAACUUUUCUUCAUAAAAUUAAAAUUAACAAAUUAAUUGUCCCGUUAAGUCUGCACCAUAUUAUGGAAAUCAUUUUUAUUUUAAAUUUUAUGAAAAAAUUUAUUUUUCAUAAAACGUUCUAAUAAAAACUAGAAUACUGAGCUAAAUCCUAUAGUGUUUGUCACUCUAGGUUUUGUGAGAGUUAUAGAGUUGUCAGUGCGGCUUGCAUAUGGGAAUGCUUUUCAAAUGAGAAGUAAAGAAACCGUGUUGCCACAUAAUCGGUACGGACACCAGAGGUGGAUUUUAAAUACAAGAAUUUAACCGGUGCACUUCGCUAGACGCUUACUAAGACGCACGAUCUUCAAAGCUCGCUGAUUCUUCGAACUGGCAUCGUUGCGCUUCGUAAGAACCUGUACUAACUUCUCGGAGUGACAAACGCUAUAGAAUAAAAUCAUCACAUAUUAAAUUUUUUCAGUCAUAUACUUGGUUUGUCAAAAAAUAUGAAUUUUAUGUAAGAGUAACAAUAUUCAUACGUAAGAAAUUUUUAGAUCUCCGGAUCUGUGGAUUUCGACAAAGUUCCUUUGUUAUAUUAAUUAAAUAUAAUGUUAUUAUACGAUUAAACCACAAAAUUGUAAUAGAUAUGUUACGAUGUGUACUCCUGUUCAUUAUUAUAAAUUACGUGAUAUUUUGUGUGUAUAUAAUUAUAUAAAGUAUGAUAUCGAAUUUAUAUUAUAUUGUGUACUUUAGUUGAUGUCCGUACACAUUGUUAUUUUUUUUUAUGAUAGACUUCUACCAAUGAUUUAUAAAAAUCAAAAUUUAUAUACUGAUAGCUGAAUGUAUAUUCUUAGAGGAGUUCAUAUUUAAAUACGUAGAAAUUAAAAAAUCUUUUUCAUUUAUAA